GGCUGUAGCGUGGCUCUGGCAACGCCAACAUCGUCGUGAAAAAAAUAAAAUUACAAUUUGUGCGAGAACAUGGAAAAAUCCCAUGCGCGGAGUUCACGCCACGCCAUUGUUUAAAAUAAAAUCAAACAAUUGUGUGUUACAUUGUGCUAACAUCGAGGUUACAUCCUGCGUGCAACCUAAAAAAUACACCACAAAUUUUAAGCAGUUUACAACUUCAUGCUUCUUCUCUCGUCGACGGCGGCGGCGCUCGUUUCGUUGUAUGGGCCGUGCGUAACAAAUAAAAUAGCCAAAAAUCGCGGAAAAUGCACAGAGGCUGUGCGGAAAUGUGAAUAAACGAAAAUCGAAUAAACAACGCGUGUUUCAGUGUGAUUCGUUUAAUCAAAAUGUUUGGAAAAGGCAAAAUCUUGUGACGACGACGUGCUGCUGCUGCGUUCAUUGACGUGACGCGCGAGUGUGUGUGUGUUUUGGUGUGUGUUGGCGCGUGGGCCAGUGUGUGUGUGGGUUAAUGUGGCUGCGAAUUGUUGUCAAACCGAAAAUAUACAUACAACAAUAGCCAGCGUGGAAGCAGCAACAAACAAAACACCACAACACAUCAAAAAAAGCAUAUAUUAUUUAAUAACAACAACAAGUUGUCCAAAGGGAAGGAAAAGAAAGCCAACAGUCGCGUGCAGUGCAGUGCAAAAUGUCUCUCUCGUUUGAGUGUGUGUGUGUUGAGUGUAUAGAAUUGAAUAAGCAGUGGCACACAGAAAGAGGAAAUAUGCAAGCAGUAGCUUAGUCCAAGCAGCAACAAGAGGAACGGAUCUGUAAAAUACAAAGAAGAGAAGAAGAAGCAGUAGCGGGCGCCAACAACUGCCGCACCGCACAAAUGAAGCAACCAAAUUUUGUAUAAUUUUUACACAAGCCGACAUUUGUCUGUGCCCCCGCCACCACCCCCCUACAAAAAAACAACAACAGCAGCACAGGGAGCAUAAAUCUUUUGCCAAUGAGUCGCAGACAGUCAUUGGAUCGACCAGGAAUAUUGUCUCCUCCGGGUCCGUUUCUGACGCCCAGUCCAUCGCCAUCGAUCUCAGCUAGCCCACGUCUGCAGCCAUCGCCAUCGCUAUCGCCGUUCCCACAGGAUGUGGUGCUCGUAGCCGGUGGCAGUCAAGUAAACGCCAACAGCAAUCCCCAGGACCACGAGCGCAAGGCGGCGACGCCUGGCAGGCGACAGUCCAUCCAUCAGUUCGCAAAUGGCAGCCCCAAUGCUGGUACCGUUGUCUUCCAGCCGAGCCCCUCGCAGUCACCGGCGGCCGCUGCCACGACGGUCAUUGGCGUGACGAGUGGUGGCCUCAUCGCCGCCUCAGGUGUGGGAGUGGGAGCGGGAGCAGGAAAUGCCAUAGGAAACGAGCUUAAUGCCACCCUCGUGGGCUCCAAUAAUAUCCAGCUUAAUAAGAAGGGCAAUAAACGUCUCAGUCAGCAUCAGCAGCAGCUGGGACACCAGAUCUUUAGCAGCCAGGCCGUUGCGCCCACCUCCAUCAGCAGCGUAGGGACAGUAGCCGGCGGCUAUGGGCAACAACUCAAUGCCACGGCCAUCAGCAUCAGCAGCACGCCCACUUCGUUUGCGACGGCAAACGUGGUCAGCAGCGGGUCCAAGAAUCAGGCGAAGAAGACCGCCCAGACCACGGUGGUGAGCCAUCAGCAGCAGCAGCAUCAGCAGUUUCAGCACUAUCAGAGCAGCAGUCCCCUGAUAGCGGACAGCCCCAUCCCGAGUCCGAGCAACGCCAUCGCAGCGGCCUCCAUAAAGCCACCAACGCCCCAGCCCCAGCAGCAUCAGCAGUCCAUGCAGAUGCUGCCCCAGCAGUUUACCAUCACUGGCGGCGCCCAGCAGCAUCCGCACCAGCAGCAGGCCACACAGCAAGUGUUCCAGUUCAUCCAGGGGCCGCAGGGUCAGCUGAUAGCCACCACCACCACCACCCAGCAGCAGCAGCAACCGCAGCCGCAACAGCUGCAGCAACACCACCAGCAGCAGCACCAACAGCAGCACCAGCAGCAGCAGCGGUUUGUGAGCAGCAAUGCAGGGAUUGGGCUGUCCACAAAGUCGGGGAAGGCGCCCCAGCAGAUACUGCCCAAGCCGCAACAAGAGCUACUGCAGCAGCAGCAGCAUCAGGGCAAGGCCAAGGCCUCCAAUGGAGGGCAGAUCUCGCAAUCGUCGCAGCAGCAGCAGCACCAGUCCACGAAUCCCGGCCAGCAGCAACAGCAACAGCAGCAGAUCCUUUUGCCUGCUGCUGGGAACCAGCAUCAGCAGCUGCUCCUCAACCAGAUGCCCGUCCUUGUGCAGCAGAAUCCCCAGGGGGUGCAGCUCAUCCUGCGCCCGCCCACGCCCCAGCUGACGGCCGCCCCUUCGCUGGUCAUCCAGCAGAAUGGACGCGGACAGCCGCAACUGUCGCAGCCGGCACAGCAACAGCUGCUGCGCAUAGUCGGAACGAAUGGCGCCACCAUGCAGCUGGCUGCGGCGCCCACCUUCAUCGUGUCCUCGCAGGCGAACCUCAUCCAGCAGACGGCGACGGGUGGCCACUUCCAGAGCGCAAUCAAGACGGGCACUCAGCUGUCGGGCUUGCAUGCGGCUCUGGCCCAGGCGCAGGCACAGGCGCAGGCGCCACGAUCUCAGCCGUUUGCCACGACGGCCACCCUGAACACACAGUUGCUGGGCCAGAGUGUGGCCCAACAGCUGCAGAACCUCCAGCUGGCGGCCGCCGCACAAAUCCAGAUGCCCAACGGCCUGACGGCCAUCUCCCAGCUGCCCGCCCACCUGCAGCAGAGCCUCGGCGGGGCCACGAUCAAUCUGAAUCAGCUGAACGGAGCGCACAUCCAGCAGAUAGCCACCGCCUUCCAGCAGCCCCAGCCACCGGCCUCCAAUGGCCCCAGCAAUGGCGGCAACAACACCGCUGGGCAGGGCGACAUCUUUACCCAAUCCUCGCCCGCCCACGUCCCGAUGGCCGUCACGCCCGAGCCCAUGCGGCAGGGCACACCCGUGCCGGUCAUGCAGCAUCAGCAGCAGGCGGCCAUGGCCACCAUUCAGCUGCAGCAGCAGCAACAACAGCAGCAGCAAGCCCAGAUCCAGCAGCUGCAGCAUCAGUUGCAGCAGACACAGUCGCAGGUGCAGCAGGCCCAGCAGCAGCACCAGCAUGGCAACACCACUGGCAACGCCACAGUGGUUGUGGCAGCGACUCCAACUCCGACACCAACUCCGGCCGAGCCCAAGAAGAAGCCGCGGCCACGCAAGAAGAAGCCAACAGCGGCGGCAGCAGCGGCGGCGGCGGUGGCAGCAGCAGCAGCGGCGGCAUCGGCAGCGGCAGAUCCACCUCAGCAGAAGAUGGCCAUUGCUGCCACGCCCACACCGACAGCCUCCGCGUCACAGACAGUGCGCUGCAAGUCGCCUUCGCCACCGCCCACCCACAUACAGAGGAGCAGCAACGGAAAACUGGACCUCGGGGAUGUGAUGAAGUUUUGCGGCAUCACGGGAGACGACGAUGAUGACGAGGACUAUGGCAUGGGCAUGGACACGGGCAGCGAACAGCAGCAGGAACAGCAGCAACAGCAGCAGCAGCAACAGCAGCAGCAGCAGCAGCCUGGCUCCAAUGAUAUCAUGAUCUCUAUACCGAACCAAAACGGCAGCGAUGGCAUGCCCUUUACGCUGACAAUACCCGCGCCACAGCCACACGGACAAUCGCUGCCGUCGAACGAAGCCACCGAAAUACCAAAUAUCCUCAUUAAGAUUGAUCCCAGCGAUCCCUCAGCCGCUACAGCAGGAGCAGGAGCACUCUCCUCCAACACGCCGUACACACUGUCCACGCCACGUCUGCCAACGGCGGAGGAGAUCCAGCGACAGGCACAACAGCAUCUAGCGCAACAGGCAGCAGCUGCCGCUGCCGCAGCAAAGAUAAGCAUACCCCCAGCAGGAGCAGCAGCAGCCACACCAGUUGUAGCGGGAACGGGAACAGCGCCCACGAUUAGCAUAAGUCUGCCGCUGCAGCCAACGCCCGCACCGACACGCACGCCCACGCCCACACAAACGCCACAGCCCAUAGCUGCAGCGCUUAGCUCCAAUGGCUCGGCCACCGCAGCGGUGAAACCACGAAGGAAGCCCGCAGUGCGGCGGAACACCAAGAAGCUAGACGCCGCACCUGCCACCAUUACCAUGGGCAACAGCAGCAACCACUCGACGAGCAGCAGCACCACAACGAUAAGCAGCAGCCUGAGUAGCAGCUGCAACAGCAGCAUGUCCACCACUGUCAACACCAUCACACUGACGACACCCACAACAACGACAAAUGUGCCCGUGCCCGUGUCGUUGUCGCUGCCUCUGCCAGUCCACAGCAGCAGCAGCGGGAGCAGCGGCAGUACAUCCACUUUGAUGCUUUCCCAUAGCCUCGGAGGCAGCACCACCACGACAGUGCCAAGUCAGAUUGGGAACAUACAGAUCUCGCAGGUGCAGAACCAUCAGCAGUCGGGGGUGCCCCUGAACACUGCCGUGGUGGAGAAUAAGAUACAGAUUAUGCCGAUAAUGCCACCAGGAGCCACAGUGAUGGGAGGAACACCACAGCCACAGCCACAGCAGCAGCAGCAUCAGCACAACCAACAGCAGCAGCAGCAACACUCAGCACAAGCCACCGGCAAUCAUCAUCAUCAUGGAACGCAGUUGGUCUUUCAGGGAUCUUCUUCGAUGUCCGAAUCACACACAGCCAUCAAGAUGUCCAACGAUGGGCGGCAGAUGCAGCUGGUGGCCAUACCACAGGCCACACCUCCGGCCAACACAGGCAGUGCCGCCACAUCGCAGACGACAACAUCGACGCCCGUGAUGACUGCCGGAGGAGCCACCAUAAUGGCGCCACAGCUGACGGGCGUAUCACCAGCGUCGGCGGCGGCCGCUCUGGUGCCACAGCUGACGGGCAGCCUCACGCUGGCCGUUUCGGAGCAGUGCGAACGUCUGAUACUGCGACACGAUCCCAACAAUCCGCAGGAUCAUCAGUCGCAGCUCAUACUGCAGGCACUGCUCAAGGGUGCGCUGCCCAAUGUGACGAUCAUCAAUGAGCCAGCAAGGAUGCCGAUGGAUGCGAACAAGCCGCAGCAGCAGCAACAGAUGCAACAGCAGCAGCAUCCACAGCAGCAGCAACAUUUGAUCAAAGUAACAGCAGCUGCAGCAGCACCCAAAAUAGAGGUCAAAGUGGCCAACAAUCGGAAGCACAACAACAGCAUUAUGAACACAAAUACGACGACAACCACCAUGAAACCACCACCGACAUUGCCUCCACCGGCGGCAGCCACAAAGACAAACCACGAGGUGUUGUCCUUUCCCCAAAUGCCGCUCAACAGUCAAGUGCUCAUCCAGCAGCAGCCGCAACAGCCGCAACAGCCGCAGCAGCAGCAGCCCCAACCACAGCCCCAACAAUCGCCUGUUCCGGCAGCAGCAGCUCCCCCAGCCGCCACCAACAAUGGACAACAGCGAUACAUUGCUCUGCCACCAAUCGAUCCUUCCACGCAGCAACUGUUCUGCCUGAACAGCGUCACGAAUCACAUCACGGCCAUGAGUGCCGGACAGACGGCAGCUUCGAUUGGACCCACAGAGCGUCUGCUGAUUGCACCCGCGGGCAUCAAUGCACAGCAACUGGCGCAGUGCCUCCAACUGGGGCAGCUGCACUUUAACGAUGUCAAUCCGAUGCCAGCACAGCAGGCAGGAGCAGCAGGAGCAACGCUUCCCUUGAGGCCACAGCCGCCGCAGCAACAGAUUGUUCAUCCGAUUCAACCGAUCAGCAAUGGAUUGGCCGUCACAACGACUGCCAGCUGCACCCUGACCACCACCACCAGCAGCACUUCGACCACCACUACGGUGACCAAGCAAGUGGCAAAUGUGGCGCCCAUCAUUGACCAGAGCAAGGCAAAGCUGGAGCCAGCCAAAACGGGCUCGGGAUCGGGUCCGGCGACCAGCACGGGAGCCAUCGUGAAGAAGAAGCCUGUGCGCAAGCCCAAGGCAACGCCCACCGCUGCGGAGCUGGCGAUCCUCAAGAAUGCGGGUGUCGUGAAGCCCAUGCCGAAGCUAGAUCCGUUGUCGCAGAAACCGAACAACAAUCCGGUGCAGAUUGUGCAGCCGAAUGUGGCCAGCGGCAAGCAGAUGAUUGUCAUCGGCAGCUCCGGAGGUGGACAGACCACAACGACAACAACUACUACAAUGAGCACCAGCAUACAGCCGUUUCAGACGACAAGUGGAACGAAGUUGGUGGGCAUCACAGCGCCCAUGCAGCAGCAGCAGCCAGCGGCAACGAUUCUGCAGCAACAACAGCAGCAGCAGCGGACGACGGGCUUUAGUCUGGUGACGAGCACAGGAGUUGUCAAUGCGGGAUCGAGUGUUGUUGCUGCACCAGCGACAGUUUCGGUGGGAAAUCAACUGCAGCUGCAACAGCAGCAGCAGCAACCCCAACCCCAACCCCAACAGCAGCAGCAACAACAGCAACAACAACCUCAGAUCCAACAGCAGCAACAGCCAGCACAGGCACCGAAACAGCAACCGAACACCGUGUCCCGUGUGCAGACGAUCCAACUGACCCCACAGAUGCAGCAGGUCUUCAAGCAGGUACAGAUGCAGAUACAGUUCCUCACAUUCAAGCUGCAGAACAAAUCCUUUCUGCCGACGAUUCAUCUCACGCAGGAGAUGGACACAGCCACGAUUGCCGCCUACAAUAAGCCAAUGAGCGAUGCGGAGAUCAAUCUGGCACUGCAGCGACUCUUUGCGGAUCAGCAUCGCAUUCUGUCCUCCGGCAAGGAGGUGCCCACACCCGAAGUAAUGCUCCCGACUGCCAAUGGAAGCUUUAGUCUGAUUCCACAGGCGGUGCAGCAGCAGCAACAUCAGCAGCAGCAACAUCAGCAGCAGCAACAACAGUUGCAGCAGCAGGCAGCCGCUGAGCCCCUGAAGACGGGGCCCUCCCUCACGAUUCCGGCCAAUGUGGUGCAACCGAAUAACCAUUCGUCCACCGCAACCACCACAACAGGAGCACCAGGAGGCGGAUCAGUGGCAGCUGUGCAGCAGCAACAACAGCCACAACAGAAUAUAACCCAACGCAUUCACAUUUAUCCGAUGCAGCACCAACAGCAGCAGCAGCAGGCCAACAAGCAGAAGCAACAGCAGCAACACGCGCAAGCUCAGGCACAGCAAAAGGCAGCAGCUACGAACAGCAACAUGCCGCAGCAAGUGGCACAACAGCAGGAGCAGCAGCAGCCUCCUCAAUCCCUGCAGAUGAAGCUCAAGGAGUCUCCCGUCAUUCGCAACAAAGUGAUUUCGAAUGCGUCCACUCAGCAGCAGCAACAACAGCAGCAGCAUCCACCGAAUGGAGCCAUCAAUAUGCUGCCACAGAAGAGCAUCAACAUGUUGCCACAGCAGCAGCAGCAGCCGACGCUUAUAAAGAGUGGUCCGCCGCCGUUGAUCUUUGCAAGUGCUACAAAUUUGUUGGCCAGCAGCAGCAACAGCAGCAGCAAUAACAACAGCAGCAACAACAGUAGCAGUAGCAACAGCAAUAGCAACCAGAGUGGCAGCAACAUGAUACAACAUGUGACAAAAAUGCUGCCAAUGCCACCGUUGCAGCCACAACAGCAGCUGCCACAGCAGCAGCAGCAACAGCCACUGCAGGUGCCUCAAUUGCAGCCACAACAGCCGCUUCAACCACUACCACAGCUCCUCCAGCAGCCACAGCAGCCAGCACAACCAGCGGCUCCUCCAAUUCCCGUCCUGCCACCAGCACCACAACCUGUGGCAGCAACUAUUGUGCCACCAGUGGGUGUGGGUGUGGGCAUGGGAGUGGCAGGAAUUGGAAAUCUGAUGCCGACACUGCCGACACCCGUGCUGCCCAGCCUGCCCCUGUUUAUGCCACCAAAACUGGAUGAACUGCCGCCGCUGAAGCCGAAAAUUGCACGCCUCUCCUUGUUCGUGCGCCAACUGGAGGUGGAUCAGGAGAGCUGCCUGAAGCCGGACUAUGUGAAGCCAUUCCGCACCAAAGAUGAGGCAGUCAAGCGAUUGAUUAGGUACCACUGCAUGCACGAGAAUGAUAUGGAGCUGCCUUCCGACGAGGAGGAGGAGUUUGAGGCCACUGCUCUGGGUUUCCAGGAUAAGUUUCGUCAAUUGAAUGGAAAGUUCCAGGAGAUCCUCAUGCAGGAGUCAACUCUGCCACAUCGCACCUCAGAGUUUCUGCAAAUGCAACAGCUGAUGAUCGAUGAUCUCAAGGGGGAAAUCAAUGAUAUACGCACAGCGGAAAAGGAACUAGAGCAGCAGCUGAAGGAUGAGCAGAACAGCGAGAGUUUGGCCACCUCACAGAUAAAAGAGGAGAUCAAACAGGAGCCACAAAACGAGUCAACUGCAGUGGUGGAUACCUUUGAUUUGCUCAAGAACAGCGCCGAUGUGAACAAGGCAUUCAGCAAGUCGCAGUCGCAAUCGCAGUUGCAGUCCCAUCCACAGACCACUGCAGCAGCAGGAGCAACUGUGAAGCAGGAGGCGUUGGAUGAGGAGCAGCCCACAACCAAUGGCGAGGUGAAGAGAGAGAACCAGAACAAGGAUUCCACUAGCAGAUUUAUCAAAAAGGAUUACGGACACUUUGAUAUUGAGUCGGAGCUGCAGACCAGCUUCAUUCUGAAGAAGAUCGAAGCCAAGUCAAGGACCAACCCGACGCCCUAUGGGGAGCAGCAGCAGUCACAGACACAACAGCAGCAACAACAUCAGUCGCUGCAGCAGCAGCAACAUAUCAAAGGCAAUGGCGUGGACCACAAUGUGGAGCAGGAGGAUGGCUGGUAUUGCCUGCAAAAUGAACUCAAUCUGAUGAACAGCGAUGGAUUGCCGCAGCAGCAGCAGUCGCAGAUGAAUGGAGGACAGCAGCAGCAUUGUCGCCAGCAGCAGCAGCAACAUUUCCUGGACACCUCCAAUGGCAGCGGAAUGAUGAACAACAGCAGCAAUCAAAUGGGUGAUCUAUUCCCGAAUGGUUGCAUCGACAAGAGCAAUCAGAGCUCGACGAGCAGCAGCAACAGCAGCACCUGCGGCAGUGAAAAUAAUGCGCCCAGCAUCAGCGUCGUUCCCAGCAAGCAUAAUUCGAGCAUUGGCAACUCCUCGUGCAGCGGACAACGGCAGCAGCCAGCGGCCAUGGAUGCAGCGGAACAGAAUCAGCAUCCGGCCAUCAGUGAGUUCUUCAGCAGCGAUUCGGAUGUGCAGAAGUCGGUGGAGACGCGCCUGGAGGCAAUGUUCGGCGAGUCUCCGGUCCAUUUGGACGUGAAGAACAGCAGCGAUGAUCACGACAUUGAGUCGAAUCUGGACGAGAUCUUUGGCGAUUCGAAAUCCCCAGAGGUCAAAAGUAAACUGAACAUGUGGGUGCCCGAUGCCAGCUUCAUGCAGCAGCCGCAGCCGCAUCCACAGACCCAACAGCAGUAUGCAGGACCACAGCAGCAGCAGCAACCAACACAGCAGCAACAGCAUCACAUUGAACUGAAUUGCAACAAUAAUCCGAGGUGGAUGCAGAGCAUGGAGGCCCACUACAGUGACUUUAUGUCCAGCACAAGCACCAGCAAUGGCGAUGGCCCCAGCACACAGAGUGGGUUGCUAGUAAACGGUGGAGAGUCGCGCAAGCGGCACUGGGACAGCCAGAUGAUGGGCUCCAGCAGCGAACUGGAGGAUGACAACAGCAGCAAGCGACUGUGCACGGGCUCCUCUUCGUCCUCGUCGCCCAUGUCCUCGCAGCAACAGCAGCAGCUGGUGGUGGCACCGCAUGGCCUGCUCGAUCCAGAGAUGCUGCUGCAUGAUGGCAUGGGCGUGGAGCCGGCCAACGGGCCCGCGGGAUUCUCACAGAUGCUGCACCAGCAGCAGCAGCCGCAGCAACAGCAGCAGCAGCAGGCACCACACAACUUUGCCAAUCAUCAGGCCUACGCCAGCAUGAUGAGCACUCAGCAGCAACAGCAACAUUACCAGCACAACAUGCAACAGCAACUGCAGCAGCAACAGCAGCAGCAGCAUCCACAGCAGAUGCACGUGAACCAUUUGGGCGGACAGCCUGUGGUGACGGGAGAGUACGACGACGACAUUAGCCGGCAUGUGGCCAGUGCUAUUGACAGCAUACUGAACCUGCAGAACAGCGCCGACUCGCUGCAGUUCUCGCUGGGCUCGAUCCUCGGAGACAGCAUGCUGGAGGAUCAGCGUCAGGGAGCACAGGCGAAUCUGCCGAGCUGCCAGCAGGAGCAGCUGCAGCUGGCACACCAGCGUCGCCGACAGUUGGGCGAGGAGAUGAAUGACUGCCUGAUCAGCGGCGGCGGAUCUGCGUCCAAUGCCGUGGCGGAUAACAGCAGCAACAUCCUGCUGGAGCACCACCAUCAGCACCAGCUGCAGAUGCAGAGCCACACCGUUGGACAGGCGCCGCACCUGCAGCACCAGCACCAUCAGAACAUCGGACAGGCACCCUCCCAGCACUUGGUGGGGCAGCUGAAUGACUUUAGCUGUGUGGCCGCCGGCCUCGACGAUCCCGUCAAGUCGAUAAUGACCUCUUGACUUGGACUCACAUCCACCGCCAGCGGAGGAGCAGUAGGAGUAGGAGCAGCUGCCACAACAUCGGCAGCGGAGCUGGCCAACAGCCUGAUUCUAGAGUUCAAUGCCACCACCUUGUGAGCGUGGGCUGACAGCGACUUAAUGAUUGUAUAGAAAAACCCAUCCCAAAAUACCCCCCAACCCCCCUCCAAUUUUUACAUCAAAUUUUUAAUUUGUUUUCGGGUUUUAUCCGAUUUUUAUUUUAGAGCCUAAGUUUUAAAAAUUGUAGCCUAAAUUAUUUAUACUUAUUCUGUUUGUAUUGUUUAGUCCAAUAUUUUGUACAAAUUCUGAACCAUUUGCUGAUUUAUUGGUUACUUAAAGAAACGAUAGAAUGAAGAAGGAAGGAAUAGAUGGGAGGAAUGGAGUCCCCCUCCCAUAUACAAGGCCAAGAGAAAAAGAUAGAAAAGAGAAGCAAAGACAGCAAUUGACGCGGUGAAUUGAAAUGCAAACUAAACGACGAAUAGCAUCCAAUGCUCUCACGGAACAACAACCCUAAUAUAAAAAAUUAUAUAGUUACACUAGACAAUUUAUAUUCAAAAUAAAACCAAGAGAAAUGGGAGAGGCGAAAGGAUACGUAAAGGAUACACGCAAAAAAAAGAAAAGAAACGAAAAGAGAAACUGAAUUGGUUGUACAUUUAAUUCCGUAAUUAAGUUAAACGUGAAACAAUUCUGUGGAAUCGAAAAUAAAGUCGCCAAUGCAGUGUGUUCAUAUAUCAGAGACAGAGACAGAGACAGAGGAGCAAUCAAUCAGAAUCAAUCAACCACUCCAGAUAAAUACCUUCCCUUGCAUUACGAGUAUUAAUAAAGAGAUUGUGUAUAUAGUUUCAGCAGUUUCAGGAAUAUAUGUUUAUAGGAAUUUUAACAGGAGAAUGCAGGAUACGUAAAGCGCUUUCCAUAUGACUGCUUCUGAUAAUACCACUUAAAAACAAACAAAACCUAUGGACAGUGUGUGCUCAAGUUGAAUGAAAUGAAAAGUAAAAGGAAGAUGAAGUAAGAGUAGAAGAGCAGGAGUAUAAAUUUCGGCAAUGGAAAGAUCUUAGGGACACAGAAGAUCUGGCAAACUACGAAGCAAACCAAAAGCAGUUCAAAAAUCACAAUUUUAGCCAAUUUAGUUUAAACAUUUAUAAAUUAUUGAAUCUAUAAUGUAAUAAUACUAUCUUUCUACACCUCAAUGGAACGAUGAUGGAUCGAUGAUCGAUUAGACGAGCGUAUAGAGAGAGGAGAGGAACAAACAAAAUGGAAAUUUAACGAAUCGUAUCAAUUGUAUCUUGAUCUUGCGACAAAUCUGAAUUGUGAUUUGUGCCACGUUUUAAAUAUAGAUGUCUGAUUAGCUUGUAAAACUUUAAUAAUAAUAACAAUUAAAAGUCUUAAACACAGUAAGCAACUACGAAGUUUAUCCAAAAAAAAAAAAAAAAACAAAAAACAAAAACGAAUCAAUGAAAGAGCAAAGCAAUUGUAAAUGUUUCAAAGCAAUUACAAUACUAACUACUACUUUAAUACCACCACUAAAAACAAAACAAAAACCUACUACGAUACGUACUUCCAGACGGACAGAAUUGAAGGGAAGGGAAGGAAUGAAAUGGAACGGAAUGCUUGUAUUACGUAUAGUCAGUAAGGGAACUACUUUCAAGAGGUAUCAUUAAUCUAAGGUGUGCUUCAAUAUUCGGGCCUCCAUGACCCAACCCCACUUCCCCUGAUCCACAUCCCUUAUAUCCAUCCCAUGUCCCUUAUGUUUUGCUUCAACUGGAACUUCCACCACUUUCUAGUUAUUAUUCAAAGACAAAUAACUUUCGUGU